AUGAGUUUGAAGUCAUUCGGGCCUAACCCCAGGGUUAGAGGAGCUGAGAACUUAUCCAGAGUUAAAGAAGUUACCAAAUCAUUCAAUCACAUAAGUUGCGACAAGAUUCGGAUUAGAUACCUUGAUGACGAGGGCUGUUAUGUCAACUUCGAAGAAACGCUUAUGAGCGAACUCUUCAGGUGUGCCCAGGACGUUCAUGGGGCAAACUGGAAGAGAAUUAAUCUACAAGCAGAAGUCUGGCAUUCACCCGCGCCCUUCAAGAGAAAGGACGAAGAAAACCAAAAUCUGCCUGAGCCGAAGAAAUUAGCUAAACGACAGCUUGCCAAUAGCACUACUUCCAAUAGUAAUUUACAAAGCGAGCUUUAUAGAUCUCCUGUUGAAAAUCUUAUUCGUUCCAAGAAAGAAAACAUCAAAAAACAAGAUGGAAUUGCAGACCUUGGUCAGGGUGUCGAGGACUUGUUACGGUCUUCGGGUAAACAAACCACUGACAAGACAAAUAAGCAAGACAAUGAAAUCUUGAAUAAGGUGUCACAGGAGCUUGAUGCCGACGAAGCGUGCGGGCCAGAUGUAAGUGAAAAGCUUGCCUCAGUCGUAAACAAAAUGCUGCGCACAAAACGGAUUGAAGAUAAACUGAAAGAAAAGCAGCAGCAAUACCUACGACCUCAAAAUYGUGAAAACCUGGUUGUAACUCGAGUAAAUGCAGAAAUCUGGGCGAAAUUACAAGCGAAAACCAGGUCUAGGGAUAUUCGUCUCCAAAAAGUGCAAGCUUUGCUUCUCAAAGGGCUAAUGCCAAUUACUCAGGUAACAAAUCAUCUUUUGAACACAGAUGUAUCGCAGUUCUCUGAGACCAAGAAAGAUGAAAUCAUUCGUUCAACUCUUGACGCCGUUUCUCUAUUGUCACAAGCUAAUCAUGAGCUUACUCAACAGCGAAGGGAACUUAUCAAGCCUGACUUGAAUGAACAAUACCAGCAAAUUUGUGCAGAACAUGUGCCUUGUACAGGGCAGUUGCUCGGUGAUGAACUUCACAAGACCUUGCAGGAAAUUACAGCCACUAACAGAGUGAGCCAGAAGGUGUCAGACAGCAUAAUAACUAUAAUAAGAGAUACCGCUCAAAAAAACAAUCGGGGAAGGGAUGAUGGCAAAACUAUUGCCCAUCAGGCAGGCAGACUAAGGUAUUAUCUGGAUUCUUGGAGGAAACUCUCAAGUGAUAAAUGGUUACUUGAGUCUGUUCAAGGUGUAAAAAUUGAAUACACCCAUACUCCUUGUCAAAGCAAAACCCCAAAAGAGUCAGUUUUUUCUGAUCAAGAGGCCCUUAUUGUGGACUCUGAGAUAUCAAUGCUUCUACAAAAGGGAGUUAUUAUAAGGUCUCAGCAUGAACCAGGAGAAUUUCUAUCAAAAAUCUUUCUCAGACCCAAAAAGGAUGGGAGGUACAGAAUGAUUCUGAAUUUAAAAAAGCUAAAUUCCUUUGUUGAGUAUCAUCAUUUUAAAAUGGAUACAAUCCAUACAGCCAUCCAACUUAUCAGGAAAAACUGUUUCAUGGCUUCUAUUGACUUAUCUGAUGCAUACUACUCUGUACCUGUGGCCAAAGACCACCAAAAGUAUUUAAAAUUUAGUUGGAGAUCCAAAAUUUAUCAGUUUACCUGCCUGCCCAAUGGCCUUGCCUCAGCCCCUCGAAUAUUUACUAAGCUGUUAAAACCAGUAUAUGCCAACCUCCGUGGCAGGGGCCUUAUAUCAUUUGGAUACAUUGACGACUCCUACUUGCAAGGAGAUGAUUUUGAAGAAUGUACCAGAAAUGUUAAUGCCACAAGGGCAUUAUUCACAAGUAUAGGAUUUGUAAUCAAUGAAUCCAAAUCAGUAAUGACUCCAACUCAGAGGCUUACACUACUGGGUUUUGUACUUGAUACAGUCAAUAUGAUAAUUUCUUUGACUGAUAAAAGAAUGAAAAGAUUGAAAGAGGACUCUGUAAUGCUACUCGAAAAUCUUAAACCCUCCAUUCAGGAAGUGGCCCAUGUAGUUGGUACAAUGGUCUCCACUUUCCCAGCUGUCAGAUAUGCACCCCUGUUCUAUAGGAUUUUAGACAUUGAAAAAGCUAAUGCUCUAAAGCUUAGCAAGGGCGAUUUUGAUGCCAGAAUGCAUUUAUCUGACAAAGCUAAGUCAGACCUUUCUUGGUGGAUUACCAACAUAGGAAAGGCAUUUAAACCAAUAAGUAUGGGCACCCCUAUGCACACUCUGCAGUCUGAUGCCUCAAAGCCUGGUUGGGGAACUCAUUUUAGGGGAAUCAGAACAGGAGGGCGCUGGUCUGAAACAGAGUCCCUUUCUCAUAUAAAUUGUUUAGAGUUAAAGGUGUUGGGUUCCCUGUGUUAUUGUUACAAGCUUGUAACCAAACAUAUGUUAGUUGAUUUAUUACAUGCGGACUCAGAUAGGGGACGCUUGUCGAAUAAAAAGGAUACGUUAAAACCAACUUCACAUGGUGUCAGGAGCGGGAUAUAA